AAGAAGACUGAACGAUCGGGGGUCUAUUUUCCGUACUACCUGCCUCAUGGCAACCCGUUUUAAAGCCACAACCCCCGAAGUGCGCCAGUGGGGAGGGGGGAAGAGAACCUGGCAACACGACCGCACUGUGCGCCGUCUGCCUCUGGAAUAACACGUUAUUACAUCGAUGUCAGGGUUGCAACUCCACAGAGCAACAUUAAGAAGACAUGGGAUGGGCCACUGGCAUUAAGACGAAGCCUCCUCCACAUAAUUUAAUUUCAUGGCUUUAAACUCUGACGCACAGAGCAGCAGCUUGAUUCGAACGAAGGCAGAGCCGGACAUCAUCUGGAUGUAUGAUGCAUUUCGCCUCACCGUAGAUUUAUUUGCAAGCAACAAGAGCAGAGCAGCCAUUAUCCUUCAGUGCAGCGUCUGAAUGUAAAUAUGGACACAUUCAAUGGAGGCAUUUUGACUCAACAUGUCCAGGAACUAUGAGCCUGGUCACUCAGUAGGGAUGUUGGCUGCCGUGGAACAUGGUCCCAUCCUCUGCAGCGACUCCAACAUCCUCUGCCUCUCGUGGAAGGGCCGCGUCCCCAAGAGCGAGAAGGACAAGCCGGUGUGCCGGAGGCGGUACUAUGAGGAGGGCUGGCUCGCCACGGGGAACGGGAGAGGUGUCGUUGGGGUGACGUUUACGUCGAGUCACUGCAGGAGGGACAGAAGCACACCUCAGAGAAUCAACUUCAACCUGCGAGGACACAACAGCGAGGUUGUCUUGGUGCGUUGGAAUGAACCCUUUCAGAAGCUGGCCACCUGUGAUAUGGAGGGAGGUAUUUUUGUGUGGAUCCAGUACGAAGGCAGAUGGUCUGUGGAGCUGGUGAACGACAGAGGAGCGCAGGUGAGUGACUUCACUUGGUCACAUGACGGCACUCAAGCCCUCAUCGCGUACAGGGACGGCUUUGUGUUAGUCGGCUCAGUAAGUGGACAAAGACACUGGUCCUCGGAGAUUAACCUGGAGAGUCAAAUCACUUGUGGCAUCUGGACACCAGACGACCAGCAGGUGUUGUUCGGUACAGCAGACGGUCAGGUGAUCGUGAUGGACUGUCACGGUCGUAUGCUCGCCCAUGUACUGCUGCAUGAGUCUGAUGGCAUCGUGAGCAUGUCCUGGAACUGCCCUGACUUCCUUGUGGAGGACAGCACAGAGAGUGACACAGACUCCGAUGACAAUGUUCUGCCUUUAGUGCGUAGAGUGAAGCCUUUGUUGACGGUCACCUUCUUAUCAGGAGAUAUCAGUUUAAUGAACAACUAUGACGACCUCUCUCCAGGUGUUAUUCGCUCAGGGCUGAAAGAUGUUGAGGCCAAAUGGUGCUCCCAGGGAGAUCUGCUGGCUGUGGCCGGCAUGGAGAGACACGGGCUUCCCGCCGACGCUGCAUGUGCGUCCAUUAUGAGAAAUGCCCUUGUUAAGUUCUAUAACGUCCAAGGGGAACACAUCUACACUUUGGAAACACCUGCACAGAGGCCCAUCACCACCAUCUGCUGGGGUCACAGAGACUCUCGUCUGUUCCUUGCAUGUGGACCAGCGUUGUAUGUGGUUCGCGUGGAGCACAGGGUGGCCAGCCUCCAGCUCUUAUGCCAGCAGGGCAUCGCCAGCGCCCUGCGAGAGGAGAAAGACGUGGGAAAACUUAACAUGCCCUCACUGCUCUGCUCCUAUGUCACCACUGCUUUCAUACCCACCAUCAAGCCCCCAAUCCCUGACCCCAACAACAUCCGUGACUUUGUCAGUUAUCCAACAGCUGGGAAUGAGCGCCUCCACUGCACCAUGAAGCGAGCCGAGGACAGUCCUGAGGCAGGCGGACCCUGCUACACUCUCUACCUGGAAUAUUUAGGGGGACUGGUGCCCAUUCUCAAGGGAAGACGUAUCAGCAAACUGCGGCCUGAGUUUGUCAUCAUGGAUCCUAAAACAGACAGCAAAGCAGAGGAAGUGUGCGUGAAUCCCAUGAUCUCAUACACCGACAGCUGUAACUGCUCUGACUCCAGUGACAUUGAGUUGAGCGACGAGUGGGUCGGGAAGAAGUCACCAAAGUUAUCCAGAGGAAACAGGAUGAACAUGGAAUCAAGGAAGUCUCCCAAACUCUCACGUGCCAAUCAAGAAUGCCAACGGUCACCACGGUUACCAACAAAGAAACCUCCAGUUCGAUCUCCCAGCCUGACACGCCGGGAGUUUUCCAUGGAUGGGAUCACAGAGCACAACUACCUCGCUCAAGUCACAUCCAAUAUUUGGGGGACAAAGUUCAAAAUUGUUGGACUUGCUUCGUUCCUCCCAGCCAACCUUGGUGCAGUCAUCUAUAAGACCAGUUUACUUCAUUUGCAACCGAGACAGAUGACAAUCUACCUGCCAGAGGUGCGAAAGAUUUCUCAUGACUUUAUGAGCCUGCCUGUGUUCAACCCCAAUGUGUUCAGUGAGGACGAGGAUGAUUUACCAGUGAUGGGGCCAUCUGGAGUGGCAGGAGACAAUCCCCCCUGUACGGUCAACAUUCCCAUUGCUCCCAUCCACAGUCCGGCUCAGGCCAUGUCCCCGACGCAGAGUAUCGGCCUUGUUCAGUCUCUUCUGGCCAAUCAAAAUAUUCAGCUGGACGUCCUGACCAACCCCACGGCUACUGCGGCGGCAGCAGCUGCAGCAGCGGCAGCUUCUGUCCCGGUCACUGAUCAGGAUGCCGUUGCAUCACCGUACCCACCAGUGCCAACUAGAUACUCAAACCCGGGUCAGGUGAUCUUCAACCAGCUGGAGAUGGGUCAGCUCCUUCCUGGUACUCUACCACCUCCACCUCACCAUCUCCCACCACAGCCUCACUUGCAGCGGUCUCAUUCACAGCAGCCUCGCCAGCAACAGUCGAAACAGUCACAACAAAUGCAGUCGCAGCAGCAGCAGCAACAACAGCAGCAGCAGCAGCAGCAGCAACAGCAGCAGCAACAGCAGCAGCAACAGCAGCAGCAGCAGCAGAAAAUGUAUAACCAUCAUCAACAACAGCAGCAGCAGCAUCACCAUCAGGCACUGGCACUGUCACAACAGCAGCAGCAGCAACAACAGCAGCAGCAGCAGCAACAUCAACAACAGCUUCAGCAACUGCACCAUCAACAGGCACUGCUUCAGCAGCAGCUCCAGGCUCAGCAACACCAACAGAUGCAACAGAGUCAACAGCAAGUGUCAAGCCACCAACUGCAGCACCAACAGCAAAUCCAACAGCAGCAGCAGCAGAUGCAGCUGCAGCACGAGCAAAUGCAGCAACAGCAGCAGCAGAUGCAGCAGCAGCAGCAGCAGAUCCGACAACAGAUCCAGGAGAUGAGGCAGCAGCAGCAGCAGCUCCAGCAGCAGCACCAACAGAUCCAGCAGCAACACCAACAGAUGCAGAGGCAGCACCAGCAAAUGCAGCAGCAGCUGAAGAUGCAGAUGACGCUGCCUCCGCCUCCAACUGGCUAUCCGACCAUUUCCUUACAGCAGAUUCAUCUUCUGCCUCAAAUUCUUCCUCCUUCCGCCGAGGGUUUAGACCGGAGCGAGCACGGACACACUCUGAAGCCAAGUCUGCUGCGGAGUUUGCCUCCUACCUUCAGUGACACAGAUGGUUCUGUGGAGAUUCACAUGAGGAAAGUGAAUCCUCCUCCUCCAUAUCCUGGCACUGUAGCAAGUGCAGCUGCAGCUGCAGCUACAGCCGCUGCUACACCUCAGACUAUUGUCACAAAUUGUGACAGCCCCAGUGUCCUGGCACCCGACCCCUGUCUGAAGAAAGAUGACUACUUGCUUCGCCCCAUCACCUUACAGUACCCAACGCCUCUGGGAUAUGAAAGGAUCACAACCUUUGACAGCAGUGGCAAUGUGGAGGAGGUUUGUCGGCCACGAAGGCGCCUCAUUCGAAACCAGAAUGCAUACACUAUGCAUGGCAUCGGAGGUUCUGCCACUCUUAAAGUCACUUCCUCUGAGAAUAAAAAAAUUCAGCUUCCAUAUAGCUCUGCCACAUUAAGUCGUCUCUCUGUCCCUCGGUACUCAAUUCCAAGUGGAGACCCUCCUCCUUACCCAGAUCCGGCCAACCAAGUGACUGCCACACUUCCUCCUCCUCAGAGAAUCGACAACAGUCUUAUUCAUGCCACUCUGCGUCGUGACCGCAGGGACGUGGGACUUAAAGUGCCACAGAUGAUGGAAAGCUCAAGAACCCUUCCCACAAAGGCUAAAAUGAACAGUGCAUUAGCUCUCUCUUACCAGCAGAGGGUGCCCACUGCACUAUACACAUGCACACAGUGCAGCAGCAACAGCAGCAGCACUAGUGUCAGUGUUAGUGGAGGUGGAACCACAAGUAGUGGAAUAGCAGGUGGUACGGUAGUGAGGCAGGACUUCCCACCAGGAAAAGGUGCACAUCACAGCACAAUUAUUGUGCACUCUAAAAGCACCUCACCUCUGGCCUCCCAUUCGUCUUACAGUCUGCUGGGUGCUGUUGACAACAGCCGGGACAGAACAGUGUACGUUAACUCUGCAUUUACUGAAGACGAGACUCUAAAUCAGCAGUGUCACCUCGAAAAAUCUGUGCGUCAGCUGGCUCUCGGGGAUCUCAGUUUGACGGUUAAACGUCCUCCGCCUUACCAGUGGGACACCUCCACUACGGAGGAGUUUUGGCUCACCCCAGAGCCAACCAUGUUAGCGCCGCCACCAGGACCUAAUAAACCACCUCCACUCAUCAUUAGUCAGGCUCAGCACUUGGAUGUGACCCGCCUUCCAAUUUUCCUCACAACAAAACCACCAGCCAGUCCGAGCACAAGCACCCUUACUUUCCCAUCAGGUUACCAGAUUUCCCUGUCGCCCUUCCCUCCAGGUGUGGGUCACAGUGCUCCACCACUUCAGACCUUACAGAACCCUCCACCAAACGAAGUGGUCACUCCUGUCCCUUUUGCUCAGCAGGAUGCCAGUUUAGUUUUGCCACCAGGUUACCCUCCGAAUCUUGCCAACCUGGCUUGCUGCCCUUUACCUCCAAUGUAUCCGGGAGCCAGUUCGUGUUCCGGACUCCAGCUGCAUCCUGUCAGCCUUCACCCUUGGAACCCCUACCCCUGCCCCCCACCCUUGCAAGACCCACCAGCACCUCCCCUCCCCACCAAAAACCACCAGAUUUUAGAGAAGCCAAUUCUCUCCCCACCUCCCCCAACUGGACCUCCUCCACCACCACCUUUGCCACCACCUCCUCCACCUACUGAGCUACCCCCAUGCAAAAGCGCCACAGAGGAUUUAACAGAGUCUGCAAACAACUUUGCAGAGCCAUCGUCUCUAAAUGAAAGCCCUUUGCCACAGGAGUCAGAACGUUUCAACAAGAAGAGCCGUAAAAGGUUGGACAGCAGAGCCGAGGAGUCCACCCUCUCUGAGGGCAAGUCCAGAAAGGAGGGACGAGCACUCUCUGACUUUAACACACUCAUUUCCAGCCCAAGGCUUGGCAACAGAGAGAAGAAGAAGCCCAAGGGUCAGAGAGAGCAACUCAACAAAACCAAGAAGAUGAGCAGGACCACAAAUGAGUUCCAGGAUAGUUCUGAAAGCGAGCCUGAGCUGUUCAUUAGUGGCGAUGAGCUCAUGAACCAGAACCAGAGUAGUAAGAAGAGCUGGAAGAACAAGCGCAGCCUGCGAAUGGCGAGUGAGCUGGAGGAGAUCAAAUGCCGCAAGGCGAAUGAAAGGGAGGACCGCAGUUUGGGCAGCCAAGGAUUUGUCUAUGUCAUGGCCAACAAACAACCUCUGUGGAACGAGGCCACACAGGUUUACCAGCUGGACUUUGGAGGACGAGUCACACAGGAGUCUGCAAAGAACUUUCAGAUAGAGUUGGAUGGUAGACAGGUGAUGCAGUUUGGGCGGAUUGAUGGGAAUGCCUAUAUCUUGGAUUUCCAGUAUCCUUUCUCAGCAGUUCAGGCAUUUGCUGUUGCCUUGGCCAAUGUGACUCAAAGGCUGAAAUGAAAAUAUAAUUUUGUGUUGUUGGCAAACUCAUUCAAAAGAAAGCCACAGUUGUUGCUGAUGUACAAUCCUCAGUGUGGCGCUGUUGGUGGGGAAACAUGUGUUGUGGCUUCAGAGGAACAGAUGAACAUACAGUUGGUUUCGCACAUUGCAGAUAAUUUACAGCCGUCUGUUGACGUCAACACUGAUGGAAACUGAAUCUUUCAUUUCUAGUUGAAUCAUAUAUUGAAUGUAUUCUAACUAAUUUGAUUAAUUUCAAAUGUUAUUUAUUGUAAUAAAGAAUAAUAUUCAACAAUCA